AUGGCAUGCCAACACACAUGCCAUGGCGGUUCUCAAACUGGCUGCAGGUCCCGGCUGCAGGCAUACAUGUACCUAUUUAUACACAUAAAAGGGAAGAGGAAAUAUUUAAAGCUUUUAAUUUCCUAUUUUUUUUUUUAGGAAGAAGCUUAUGAUAUGGACCGCUGCAGGGCUUGAUCCUUUGCAUUGUCAUUAAGCCAGCAAUAGCAUGCAUCUUUUGAUUCAAGAGUAAGUAAGCUUAACAAAGAAUGGUACAACUAUUAUUUACUAGUUAACUAGAUGGAAAUAUCUUCAAAGGGGUUUGGAUUUAAUUUUAUCCUGACUUCUUUAGGGUCCUUUAGCCAGUCAGCAUUUUUCAUUUUUUUCUGCCACAUGAUAUAUCACACACAUUCCCCAUUGCCUCAAAUCCAUGUGAAGUUGAACUAUUUGGAAUCUCACAUGGCAAUGCAGUUUAUUUAGCCUGAAUUUCAACCAUCUCCUUGACUCACACACACCUGAAAGAGAUGACAUCAUCUCUCUAGGGAAUGUGUGACUUGAGAAGGAUAAGAAGGCAGUUGAAAUGCAGCCCGUACUCUUUAUGAAUUUAUCUCUAUGAUUACUGAUCACUUCUUUUUUCCACAUGAUAUCUGACACACAUUCUCCAUUGUCUCAAAACCAUGUGAUACUGGACAAAUCGAAAUCUCAGAUGCAGUUUAUUUAGCCUGAAUUUCAGCCAUCUCCUGGACUUGCACAUACCUAUAUAUCUCGGGAAUGUAUGACUUGAGAAGGAUGAGAGGGCAGCUGACAUCUAGGCUACUCUUUAUUUAUCUGUGAUCAGUUUAAGUUAUUAUGCCUGUAUUUGGUUUCAUUGCCAACAAGCAGCCUCACGAAGAUGUGAGGCUGCAAGGCGGCAGCCUGAAAAAGCCACAUGCAAAAGUUCCAAGGCAGAAUGAAUCUCGAAGUGAUGUGACAUAAGUUUGUAAGGUAACAUUUAUGACAUAAUGAAGAACAGAGAAUGCAUUGUUUUUUAGCGUAAAUGUGAUACAGAACAGAGAAUCCACAAGCCUUGUGUGUGUUUGUGAGUCCCAUGCUCAUCCCGUCUUCAAACGUUGCAUGGAUUCAUUAGCUGUCAUAUUUGCCUGCUGGAGUUUUAUUUUUGUUUUUAGGCUUAAAAACAAUAAAAAAGUCCAGACAAAUGGCUAAUCUGCAGCCUGCAUUCUCGUAAAAUAUGGUAAUUGACAUUUCUAAACAAAUCUAAUAGUAUGCGCAUAUAGGUAAGAAUUACUUUACAAGAAAGUUCUUUACAGAAGUGACUAGUUCUUUCAUUUCUUGUUGUGUUACUGAAAUUGCAUUCAUUUAACUUGGUACUGGGAUAAAAAACCAAACAAGGCUCCCUGAGAUGGCUGGCACUUCAACCCUUUAACCCCCAAUACUGAAUACGCAUUCUCUAGAGUGAUAUUCAUACAUUUCCUUAAAAAAAUUGUUGAGAGAAUUUUUUAAAGAUCAAAGCAUUUCUCCCUUGGGUGAUCAUUUCGUUAAUUUUAAUAACCUGUGCAUCGACAGUGUUAAGAUUGUUGUUGGCCAAUCUUGGGACUCACAGGGUUAAGAUAACCAUGCCCUUGCACUAGCUACCGUACUUCUGACUACUCCCCAAAAAGGGUUACAUUACUUUGCUUAUUACAUUCUGUAAAUUUUUAUUUAUGGUGUAGACACUUUAUUUGGACCUAAGGAUCCCUUCGGUCUUUAAAUUAUAUUCUUAAACUGCCUUUGAAAGCACAGAAAUAUCUUAGACAUCUUUUGUCAAAUAGAUAAUACACCAAAAAACACAAUGUUUGCAUUUUAUGCACUCUACAAGAUAUAAUACUCUAAUAAUAAAAUGAAGAAAUGAUCGUCACCGUGAACACAAUUUAUGCAAUUGCGUAAAGAAGCCUGAAAAAAAAUUCAGGACUUCAACGGGGUUUGAACCCGUGACCUCGCAAUACCGGUGUGAUGCUCUACCAACUGAGCUAUGAAGCCACAGACAUUGGGAGCAGGUCAGUUGUCUUUACGCAAUUGCAUAAAUUACGUUCGCUGGAACAAUUAUUUCUUCAUUUUAUUUCAUUUCCACAGUUCAUGAUUUAUUUCAUAUAUCAUUAACUACCAUUCCAUCAUAAAUUUCACAGAUUUUGUUUAAACUGGCAAACAAAGAAGCUUCUAGCCUUCAUAGCAGGCGCCGGUUUUUUUUAGGGCAAAAGAAGAAAUCUCGAGGACGCGCAAGGGGAGAAAAGAAGAUGAGGCUUCCUCCCAACUUGCGUUGCCUUUUAAAAAAAAAAUAACUGGUGCCUGUUAUGCAGGCGAAGAAGGUUUAGUUGUCCCAGAGAACUGACCAGGACUUUUCUCAAGUCCUGUGACCUGUUUUUUAGUUCUUUUGAUUUCCAGUUGUCCUUGUGCAUGCUUGGGAUGGUGUAUUUUCUGUCCAAUGCUUGUCAGCAAUUUGAUGGUUUUCACACUGGCUGGCAUGUGAUGGCUACAGCACCUGGCAUGAAAUUCCUGAUGCCGCAACAGCACGCAAGGUUUUCCUAUCCCCCUAGUCACUGAUGGCUGAAAAGGUCUGCACCACAAAAAGACCAGAUGGAUCAACAUGUGUCAAUCAUUAGUUACCAAGGCAACAUCACUCAUCUAGGUUUGUAGUCGUUCACUUUGUCUUCUUUAUUGCAAAUUCUUGUUAUGGUCCAGUUGUUCUGCUGUUCGGUGCCAGCCUUCCUCUCCACGAACCCAUCAACAAUCCAUUGCUGGAAAUUUCCAGAGCCAAUGGUCACUAAGUGUGACCCCCCUGUAAGCACAUUCAUCUCUGUGAGGGCCACAACGCCGCUGUCCAUAUCUAACGGAUCGCCCGACUUUGGAUUGUACUUUAAAGGUUUUAAAGCCUUGUACAAAAAUCUCUUAAUCUGUUUUAAUUUGUUCACUAAUGAAGUGUUUUGUGCCGUGAAUGAAUGUAGAGUGUCCGAUCCAAAUCGGGUGAAGUCUGACGAAAGAAAAACCCUUGUUUUAUUAUAUUUUUGCUUGAGACUUUCAACUUUUUUCACCAAAGUUCUGACGCACUGCGCUAGUCGUUCGACAUCAUACCACUGAAUCUGUCUUUCAGAUCGAAUGUGAAUAGAUAUAUACUCUCCACCGAUUGAAUCUCUGAUCUUCGUAGCUUUCUCCGCAACGCGUUCGCUAGACCGUAACGAAUGCAGCAAUUUCCGGUUAUCCACUUCAACUUCCGGUUUAAAAUGGGUUCUAUCUUUUCCGAUUCCACGCCAAUGAAUUACGACGACGCAUUUAUCUCCUUUCGUAAUUUCCUUUUCGAACAGCUCAAGGCUACUAACUUUCUCAGCAUCAACGCAGAUUUGCCUUCCGAUACGAAGCUCCCCAAUUCGAUUCGACACACUGAGAGCUUGUUCGAUAAAUUUACAUUCACACCAACCAGAAGAUUUUGCCCGUUUUUUAAUGUCUUGAUAUUCAAGAGCCGAAAUCUUGUACCACUUUUUCAUUUCCUUCUCCGAUUGAUCGCUGUACAGAAAAUGUAUGAUCGUGGUGUUGGUCACGCUUGAGCGACACUGGCGUUUAAAAGUUUCUAAUUUUACCAUGGGCGCGAUGUGAUAUUUCUUCAGCAAAUUGUUCAUGAAUUUUACAUCAAAAUACAAAGAAAGUGGGUGAAAUCUACGUCGUUCACUUCUUAGUUUUCCAGACCAUCCGUAGGGUAAACCACACAUUCUAGAAUCUCGAACAAAUGGCUCAACGAUCACGCGUUCGAUUUGCUUGGCGACCGCAGCAAGUUGAAGUAAGUUUUCUGUCGUCUUCGAAAGCUGCUCAUAAUGAUGUAAAACGAAGAGAAAUUUUAUACUCGCAUCUCUUUCUUCAGCUUCAAAUUCAUUAGGUUCGGAGAUUAUAAAAGUACCAUUAUUAAGUAUGGCCGAUGAAGUCUGUGUAUUUGCAGUUAAAGAUCGGUAAUUAAUUGUUUCGAUGUGAGUUCUUAGCUGAAUAUUUUCCAAUGGUAAUAAUCCUGGUAUCGAUGAAGCAAGCUUGCCCUCGUUAUACAGUAGGUGAUAGAGGAUAAACAUGCUCAUUAUUACGCAGAUUUUCAACCCAAGAAAAAGGCCACAUCCUCGCGAUCUUCGCCUCAAUAAUCGCAGCCACAUCACGCGAGAAAAUCGUUUUCCUUCACCAGCGAAGCGAAUAUCGGUGACAAGUGGCUAGGAGCGCGAAGGCGAAUCGCGGCAGUUUCGGUUUCACCGCACAAUAUAUGAAAUAUUAAGACUCAUCAUUACGCUAAAUCCUUGAUUGGUCUUGAGCACGCACUGACGCAUUCAUCUGUGAAUUAAACUGAAAAGUAAUUAUCUUAAUCUUAGUCAGUUCCGUUUUGGACGUCAUAGAUCAGAAAAAUCUAAUGGCAUUUUGACGAUUUUUUCCUUUCUCGUUCGCAUUUUGCCCUUUGUUGACAGUUUGAUAGAGCGAUAACAAAUUUUUUGAUUGAAUUGCUAGUCACUCUCAAAACAGAUGUCUGCAAUCGACCAAAGUUUGAUUGGCAAUAAAUUGUUUCGUUUUGAAAUAUGUUUAAAAAUACUGUUUCAUAAUACAAUACCUGACAAAAAACAAUUGUAGUUAACGCACAAUGGCUUGGUAAUGUAAGCUUACACUAUACAGUAGAUCGACGAAUUUCCGAGUUUUUUUUGUUUUUUUUUUAACUGUCCUAUAUGUACUAUAUAAACUGUACUACAUAUUCUAUAUAUACUAGCAGAGGCAUCUUUGACCCCGGGAAAUUGUCUUCUGUCGUUAAAAACUGUAUUUAACAGACUCUUCUAUAUAUAAAAUACUCUUAACCUGUUAAUCCCUUAUUAAAGUCACAAGAAGACAUGUGGUUAUCACGUUUAAGAAUUUGCACCCAUCGACAAUAUUAAAUCAAUUUUGGCCAAGAAAGUAGUAAACGAAGAAUGUAUCACUCGCAAAUCAUCGAUAGAGUGCUACCUAACACGGAAAUUCUUAACAUGUUUGACGUUUGCAGUGCAACCCCUAUGUAAUGAAAUGAACUGACCUCAGUCUAUAUUAGGAAUAAUGAGCGCGUAAAGAAAAAUAUAUUGCCGUCAAAACCCGUUAAUAUGGAAAGUGAAAGGGUCGUAGAAAGUGUCCGUAUUAACGGGAAAAACACUCUUUAUUUGAACAAAAUACUAAUAAAACAAAUUAAAGAGGACAUAAAAAUCGUCAAAUUUUAAAAACAACUCCCGACUUUAACAAAUCCGUCAUUCCGCGGACUAAAUCCACGGAAACGUUCAAAAAUCGCUCAUCUAUGUUACUUAGUCAAAACGGUUCUCUGCGUAACUAGCCCAUGCCUGAUAUAGUCUCAGUCUGAAAUUGACGUCUUCAAAUCAUUCAAUUCGGUGUACUGUUGCGCUGGGAAGAUCGACAUGUUGUUUACUGAAGGUUUCAAAUAGGAGAGGUUCGUUACAACACACAGUUAACCCUUUAAGUCCCAAUGUCCACAUACAAAUUCUCCAAAAUGGUCUCCAUACAUUUCCUUGAAGAAUUAUUUGAGAGAAUUUGGUAAAAGAUCAAAUAUUUUUCUCUUUGUGAUCAUUUUGUUAAUUCUCAUAGACUUUGCUCAUGAUAGUCUAUGGAUAUCGUUAGGAGAAAAUUGAUCUUGAGCACUAUUGGGUUUAUAAUGACAUUUCCGCAUUAGCUAGCCUGCGAAAACAUCCGUUUCUCCUCGCUCUUCCAUCCAAGAGCGACAAGAAACGGAUGUUUUCGCAGGCUACGCAUUGGCGAGGUUGGAUUUCUAUGAGAAUCUGUCCAUUGGGCAAGAUUUAACGGGUGUCCGUUUUUAGAGAAAAUGGAUUAAAAGGCUUUCUCCAGGGACAAAGAAAACUGUCCGUAAUAACGAGGUGUCCGUAUUAAGCAAGUGUCCAUAAGCUGGUACCCUGGGUGCCAGAGACUUUUCUAGCACGGUUUCCGUGGCUUCGGCCUACGGCCGAAGAUGUGUCGGCCUUCGGCCAACACCGAAAAUUCCCCCUGCACCCGAGAAAAACCUCUGGUACCCAGGGUAAUAAACUAGGGUUCGACUGUAGUAAGGAGGUCAUUUUAAAAAAAUGAUACAUUUUCUCUUAAAUGCUUUCGUUGAAUAUUAGAGGCUGACAUUUUUUUUAUUGAAAUGAAAUGUGUUUAAUUCGAAUAAAUUUUUGUUAGUUAAAUUAACUCUUUUUAAGCUAAAUUAAGUGCUUUUUAAAUCGACAGGAAUUGUAAAUAGUGUUUUGAAUGAAUAGUUUUUUCUUUUUUUCAAGCGAAUUAAUUGUAAAUAGGAUUUUAAUAUUUAGCAUUGUUAUCAAUGAAAUUUUUUCAUUAUUUCGUAAGCACGGGCGUGACCAAGAAUUUCUUAGAGGUCCGCGUAUUUCUCUAGUCUGCUACACAGCCGUUUUUAGUGUCGUGACGCAACGCUCAUCUCCAUUAAGUUAGUGGGGAGGAGCGAUGUGUGACGACACUAAAAGCGGCUGUGUAGCAGACCACCCAUUUCUCCUAAACGUAACCUAGCUUCGAUCAGAAGAAGGGAAAGCUAAACCUGCCCUAACUUUUCAGUAGUUCAGUUUUUCCACAUCUUUUCCACAUUCCACAUUCUUGAGUGUAGUGAGGUUACACAUGAAUGGACGGAAUGGCAACAAAGCAGGUCGUAAGACUUUUUGCAAUUUUUUUUUAUUAAACCCUGGCAAACGCAUAAGCGCACUAUAAGCAUACUAUCAGAGCGGGGUUGGGGGGAGGGUGGUUAGUCCGUUUCCGAGGGAAUCAGCCGGCAAGAUUCGAAAUUCUGGGGUGCUUGCCAUUAACACCUGGGUGGAAAUCUUGUGCAUAAACAUAAAACUAUAACAUUUGACGUGGUGGGAGAACGACCCGCUACAAAAUCAGUAUACAAAUCAGCUGCGACAGGCUAAAAGAGUAAGAAAAUUGCAUCGCCUCAAAUCACAGCCCAUCAUGGACUCCGGCCUGAGCCCAUAUUUUCCAAAGCUUCCCAAACGGAAUGGCGCGUACCAUUUGAUCUUCCAUCGGGAAUUUGCGGUUUUCCCAUGUAAAGGAGAAGUACCCCAGGUCUCCUUAAAUGAAUCCCUUCUAAUUCUAAUUAUUCUAAAGCUCCGAUUUAGGCCCCUCCCCGUGGUAAUCGGGCAGUGACGGCAAAGAAAUGUACAAAAAAGCCUGAUGACCGUUUGGAGUUAAAUCCCAAAAUAGGAUGUGAUACUGUAGAGCUUAGCCACCGGGGGAAGGGGCCGGCACUCCCAUAGAUAAACAGAUUUGCCCGACGCUAAAGUUUCAAAAUGAUUCCUCUUCAUAUUAUGUCCGGUGGUUUUCGGACGCGGUUAUAGACUGCGAGCAGUCUCUUAUUUUUCUCUUGCAGUGAAUCACAGUAGAUCGAGAGCACGCGUGAGGAGCGAGUGGACAUAGUUUUUUCCGCUCGCCGAGCGUGGCUCUGAGGGAAGAAGGACGACCGCUCGCGAUCUAACGUAGUCAGUAUUUUGGUUUCGUUGAAUACUGACCUAAGGAAAGUAACAGAACAAUUAUAUCCUUUUUUAGGAACCAUGGGUACAGACUGUCUGGCUCGUCUCUGUUUCUGUUUUAACUGGCACCAUUCAGACAUUGUGGUGGUAAGAGAUAAUCCCUUGAGGGAAACCCGGCAUUUUGAAGCACAAGUCUUCUAAAGUCGUCAAGGGAAGAAGAGGAGCAAAUUCGGUAGCAGCGAUAAAGUUGACGUGCGAAUGAGAUAUAUUUUCAGUAUCAGCUUGCGAUGACUGAAUGAGUCCCAUUUGGUAUGUGUAAUAAGUUUACAAUAUUUAUCACCGCUGUUUCUGUUUUGUUUUUGAUUAAGCUACAAUGGUCCAGCAACAAAAGCCUUUGCGAGGUAGCUUUUUCGAAAUAGUUUAUUUCCGAGCAUUUAAAGAAGCAGCUAUCACCACUCAAAUUAAAGGUAAAUUCAUUGAAAUUAAACCACGUCAAAGUCAACAUCGAGUUUGCCAACGCGUUAAAUAAAUUAAAUGAACCGUAUUUUUUGAUGCUUGCCUCGGUAUCUAAGAAACCGCUUGUGAACUAUAUUAAUGAGAAAGAAGCCCAUUAGCCCUUUCUAAAUUUUUCAAAAUUUAAUCGGCUAGUUAAGAAAAACUUUGAGAGUUGGAGAAAGGCUCGGUUUGGAAUCGAGUCUUUAAGACUCUUUGUAGCUGAAUGCAAUGAUUUAAAAACAGCAUAAUAGAAAGUCUUGGGUUCGCAGGGAAAAGGCUCAGUGUUCCACAGGCUCGUUAAAGUCUCUCGAACUAGUCAUUUGCCAUCUCUUUUCCAAGGAAGCCAUCUAGCUCUUUAAAGCUAUAUUGUUUUGGGUGACUUGAAUGUUUUUUUUUUUAAUCAAAAAAAGUUAGAUUGGCCCUCAUUUAAAUGGUCACACUCUAGGAUUUCAUCUACAGACAAGUUAAGUCAAGUCAGCUUUCUUUAGGCAGGGUAGCCUUAUCAGCCGUUGGCUGGUAUCAACAGGGGCCCUGCGUAAACUUAAUGUCGUUGCUUUGUCUUGUGUUUUAAGUGUGAAUAGUGGGAUUUCUAAUAAAAUAAUCCGAUAAAUAUGGAGGCACUAAUUCAUUUAGACAUUUAAAAACUAAAAUACAUUUUUGGGCUUUUCUUUGUGUUUCCAGAUCCAUCCACCCUAACAUUUUGAAUGGUUCUUUGGUUGUUGCCCUCAUUUGUGACAAAAAGGUUAGAAUCACCUUUAUCGCUGUUUAUAGUCACACGGAUUUCGUCCGUAGAUUCGUAAUUUAGCAGGUACACCACAAGGCAGCUCUUUCGAUUAUUUUCUUUGUGGCAAAGGUAUUAAAAUUUGCGAGAUUGUAGAGGGGGGGAUUUUAAUAUUGUGACUGUCAGUGCUCGUGGGAGAUCUUGCAGAAAAAUUGUCCUGUUCUGUUUGUUUUGUAAUAGUUAAUUUAUCUGUUUUGUUUAUCUUGCCAGCAAAUUAAAUUUCACUUGUCGAAAUUAAAUUUCGAUGGAAGAGAAAUACAAUAAUUUUGGAAAUUAGCAACGGAGUUUCAGCCAACUAAAAAUAUACUCUCUUCACUCCAAUCGAUCGAUCAAAAUCCUGUUGAUCAGAAGUUCCUUGUUCCCAGCCUUUUCUCGUUUCAUUUUGGACAUGGAGUAGGUCUGGGGUAUCGUCUGAACGCAUGACAAUUUCUCCGGACCUUUGGCGGCUCAAGGACGUAUAAAAAGGAAAAAGAAACAAAAAGUAACAUUUGAAUAAUUUUUAUUUCUUACGUUUAUGGCGAAUUUUUACAGUAGAAUUCCUUGUAUUUGUUUGUAACUGUGGAUUUCAGUUUUGGUGACAUGGUGUUCUGUAUUGUCAAGAAAGAAUAAUCAUUCCAUCUCGUUAAGGUUAAUUGUUACUUACUUACUGCGAAUGUAUUUGCAUCACUGACCGGAACGAACUAUAACUAGCGCAGAGCUUUAGUGUUAAAGUUAAACAGAAUGACAUUAUGUCAUUUAAUACUAGUGCUUGCUUUGAAGCUCUAGUCCUGUCGUUAAAUUAGCCUCCGCCUCAGAAAAACGCGAAAACUAGCGGGGGGCAGUUAAUACUUUUGUAUUGACUAAGUUUAUUCCGUGCAAUAAAAGCGCUAUUAUCUUCGGUAAGAACAUUUGCGAAAUAAAUUUACUAAUUGGCAGUAAAAAAGUAAGGUCCUUCUAUGUCAAAUGACCGAUUAAUUAUGGAGGUUUUGACUGUAAGUUUCAUUGCCAUGGAAGUUACCCUUAGGUGCAAUGUUUGGCAUAUCCUGUCAGUUGUAUACGAAAAAAGAAUUUCCCGAAUUGGUUUUAUUCAGCGCGUGGGUUAUUAGCUUUGCGCUGCGAGGAAUCACCAGCCUCGAGCAUAAGCUAGAUAUAUAAAAGGUUGAUAAAGAACGAAACUUUAAGGUGUUCCAGCGAGAGGUAAGCAGAACAAGGGGAGAAAACCGACUCCCUUGGACGUUCUUGUCUUUUGUUUAUUCAUACACAAUUUAAUAUAGCCCAAAGUGAACUACACUGUAUUAUAAAAGUGAAAGUUUAUGAAACACAGUACUUGCAUUCUAAAUGGCUAAGGGCUACAUUUGUUUAGCUUCACAAGUGUUUUAAUUUGGGAUAUUUCGAGUCCAAAAUGGUCAUUUGACCUCAGGCGUUAUGUGGUCAGUGCUGCUCUCAACUUUAAUAUGGGCCUUUACAAGUUAAAAGCAAACCGCCUUAGGCCGUUUUGUAUUCAGCUGUGUAUUAUCAUUUAAUUCACUUCAAAUUGCACUUUUUGCCUUGCAAGGUCGUAAGGGAAAAUUACGUUAUAAUUGAUAGAGUAAAAGCAACUAAAAGCUGCCCACCGCAAUAUUUUGACAGCGUUGAAAUGUUUACAAGUCGACAUUUGCUUUUUCACGAUCUGUAAAUCCUAAGCAGGGCUUCCUUACCAAAAUGGCUGAGCAGUAUUUUCCUUUAAUAUUACGUCGUACUGUUUCUCUUGAUUUGAAAAAAAAUUAAAAGAAACUGUGCCCUUCGUUAGGCAUUCCUUACCGAGAGGCAGUAGUUUCUUUGAAAAUGUUUACUCUUCAGCGACUCUUUGUGGUUGGUUUAACGUAUACGCAUGAAACCUGAUAGUUAACUAUUUAAAAAAGGACUUUCGGUGGUACUGUUUUUUCAAGUUAUGCUGUGCAAGGAAGUUCUAAAUUCUCGGUAGUGGAAAAACAGGAGCUCUGGGGUGUGUUGAAUCUAUUUUUUGAUCUAAUUAAAACUGUCCGAAAAAACUCGGGAACCUGAUUAGUGUGCUCAUCAUAUUCACAAAAUUACAGUAAUGUUCCCACCUCCACGUUGGCGUUUAAUUAAAAGCCUUGUUUACCAUAGGCGUACGGGCAAUUUUUUGCCAGGGGGGCGUUAAGCCAUUUUCCCAAAAAAUUCUCCCAAGUUGCCCAAAUUUUUACGAAACAGUAGAAAAGAAACGAGGGCGAUACGAUGCAAUAACGUAGGCCGUAGUGGCUUAUAAAGGUCAAUACCUCCCAAUUUUGAGAAUAACUACGUCGCCAUAGACAAACAUUUGGAAAAACUGCUACCAUAGUUUUAUUAGAUAAAGAUGAAAAUUUAUCAUGAGCAGGGUUUUAAUGACAUCGGAAUUGUCAUAGCAACGAAAUGACGCCAUUGUCUAUUUUACUUGCAGCAAUAUUUCUCGGCACUGGGAACUGUUCCUACAAAAUUGUUCACGGGAACUUUUUUCUCCAAUAGUCGCCUCGAUGUUCGUGAAGUUAAAACGGAAUCUAUAGGAGCGUUAUUGGGAUAUUUUGGGAUGAAGGUUUUAUCAUUAUAAAUAUGGGGAAAAAAAUCUUGAUGUUUGGCUGUUAUUUGUAGAAAACGAAGCUCUUUUGACAUGCAAUUUCACCUCAUAGUAGCUUCAAUCUUUUUAAAAACGUGUGUAAAAGAUAUGAUCAUGGCUAUGGCUCCGGCCGAUUGCUAGAGAGAAGGAUUUCAUUAGUAUCGAGGCGCUCUUGUUAGCGGUUUUGUAAACAUUUCGGUCUACUUUAAUAACUUUUUGCUUGAUAGAUUUUUAAAAAAAAAAUAUAUUCUUCUCGUAAUUCGAGCGGAUUACUAGUCAGCCACUUCUUCAUUUUCAGACCCACUGUUGCUGAGAUGAUUCUAGAAAGAUAUGCGGAAAUUUAUUCUAAUCAAUUCACGACUGGAAAGAGCCCAUUCCAGUCAUUGCAGUACAGUACAGUGCUCACCAAUAAAAAACUAUAAAUAUGUAAAUCAACAAAUGAUACCCUUCCCUAUAACCAGAAACUCAUCACGCGCUAGGCAACCACUGUGAGUGUCUCGAGAGAAUGUAACUGGAUUAUUACUGGAUUUUUUCAGAUUAAAAUAGAAAAUAUUUGUCUCUUUAGAGUAAUAAAAAACACAUGGAAACGUCUUUAAAAACUGGCUUUGCCCAAAUUUUCUCUUGCUGCCCAAAAAAUCUGAGUCGCCCAAAAUUUGGGGGGGGGGGGGGGGGGCUGCAGCCCCCCUCGCCUCCCGGCCCGUACGCCUAUGUUGUUUGCUUUCCAACGCAUACAGACUUCAAAUUUUCUCAUAACAGUCAGUUACCAAAUGGCAAUUUGAUAUGAUAAAUCACCAAGGUCAUUCGUUAACUAAAACGGUCGGGCAGAAAAGCACCUUUUCAACCAACUUCAGCGUGAAAUUCUGAUUAUAAAAUUUUACGCAAUCCUCUCACUUCCUGGGUGAAUAUAAUGAUAAAGUUACGUGAGAGGUGAUGUUUGAACAGUCAAAUAAAACUUCUUUGCUAGUACUUUCACACGAUGCUAUUUUUUUUAAGUAUUUUAUUAAACAGCAUUUGGAAUUUUUGUCAAGUUUUAUACUUGAUCCAAAUUUGGAAGUAAAGGAGCUCAAGGGAAUUUUUCGAUUUUAGUCGUCGUGUUGGCAACAUUUCCUUCAUAUUCACAGUACCUCUUCGGCGAUGCCAAAUAUCCGACCUUUGUAAUGCAAAGUGAAAAUCGUUAUUCUCAAUGCGAUUCCGAAUACCGAAUAAUUUUUAAUGAAUGAUUUCUUAAAGGAAAAGAAAGACAUUAACUAUUGGCAUUCGCAGUCUCUUUUUUUUUAUCCUUGCACCCUUAAAACUAGUCAGAUAUCCGCAAGCGUAUCACACGUUUUCUACAGUACUGGUGAUGAGAAUUUAGUGUUUAACGUUCAAAGCCUUUUUUACUUGUUGAUCAUUUCGCGUCUUCUCACGACCUUUAUCUUCCAGCAGUGUUAUUUCAAGCCGACUUCAAGGAGGAAUUGCUUUUUACCUCCAUAUUUGUCUCUCUCAGGAGAUAAUUUAAUUAAUCUAAUCGUGUUUCCCGCUGUUCCAGCACAUACCGAAAACUUCUCAGACACCAGCCUGCUGAACAAUUUUUCCUUUACUUAAGGCUAGACUGCUCCCCCUUCUGUCGACGGCGACGGCUACGAUAACGUCACUUAUCCGUCUCGUUUAAUUCGUCAAAGGCUGGCAAAUCUUUUGGAGUUGAAUUCUAAAGGACUGUUUCAUAGUUUAGGGAAAAAAAGGAAAGUUGUUGUCUUGUGUUCCCGUCCUCGACGAAACGUGAAAUUAGGCGCUUUAACGUUGUAGUCGUGCAACGACGGCUAAGAAAUGUACAAAGAAAGCGUGAUGGACGUGCAGAGUUGUUGUUUUGCUAAUCUAAACCUAUAGAGUGUUUUCACUCACGUAGCCAGCAUCUAUGCAAAUUUAUGGGAACAAAAGAAAGCGUUUGCAUAAGAAAAGAGUUCAACUCCCAGAGGAUUGGUUUGGGACACCAACAUGGCCGCCGUUUCAUUGUUUUGGGACACCAAUAUGGCCGCCGUGACGUCAUGUGAAAACACUCUAUUCUUUUUUGCUGUUCUCGAUCGUUGCCGUUGUCGUCCUCGUUGCUUAAGCUCUCCAUUGUUCCUCUGCGAGUUAAGUCUCGUUCGAUCUUGCGGACUGUUCACAGUCCCCUAUUUUUCCGUAAGAUUGUCCAGAUCGAGCGCUUACCGUCAAUGGCGGCCAUUUUGUCAUUAGAUUCAAAUUAAAUGUACCGAAGGGUUCACAGCGGUGGGGGAAAUUUCUAUUUUUCCCGCGUCCUCCCAAACCGUUUCCCACCCCUUAAGUAGAUUACCUUAUUAUAGGAAAUUACCGCUCCAUGAAAUUAACGCGAAUCGUUAAAAUUCGCGUUGAUUUAAGUCGCGUUAAUUUUGUUGAGUGUUAAUUUCCGCGACGUUAAUUAAGUGCAGUGUUUAUUUCCGCGCUCUUAAUUUCCAGUAUUUUAACCCCAAUUUUGGAACCUGUCCAGAAUUCUUGACACCUGAAAAACGUUAGCUACAAGCUUUCUUUCUUUCCAUUUACCCUUUGUUUUUCAUCUUUCACAAAAGCUAAGGCGAAGGUUUACAUGAAUAUUUCGAGUUCGUCUUCAUCGUUGUCGCUGUCAGAGGUGAUGUCGAUAUCUUCUCCUUUCAUUUCGCGUAAUUAAUCGCGUUAAUUUCCUUUAUUAAGAAAUUCUACCUCCUCUUUCGCGUUAAUUUUCUUUAUUCGAAAGUCGUUUUCCAUUAAAUUCGCGUUAAUUUAAGUCGCGUUAAUUUCCAAUACCUUAAUGUCAUGAAGCGUUAAUUUCCUAUAAUAAGGUAGGUAGUCUUCUUCAAGCUAGACUCGGUCAAGAUGGCCGCCGCCUGUAGCGCUCGUUCUCGGCGAUCUUAUCAAAAUAGGGGAAUCUGAACCGUCUAUCGCUCUUCUUAUCCUCUUUUCCGACUUAUCUAGGAAAGAUCAAAGCGACUCUGCUAGCAGGGUAGCUUCUCGGGUAAUUUGGCCCGAAAAUUUAAUGUACCUUUGAACUGGUCGCCAACAAAUUUUGAUUGCGAUUUUGAUUCAUUUUUCAGGUUGAAUGCAAGCCAUACAGUGCCAUGUUUUGGGUACGGUUACGGUUCCUUUUGCGCUUUUUUGUCGCUUUUGUGCUUCUAAUCGGAGUUCUAUCCAUAUUCAUGGUUUUUAAAAGCCAAAUUGUAAUUCCUAAUACCCUGGUUCAUGAACUGAUGAAAGACGCCAAAUACCAGCAGCCAUGUCCCUGUACAAAUCCGAUCAUUUCCACCGACCGUAUACGAGCUGUUACCGAAGAUGUCCGACGAAUCGCCGAAGACACUGGAAAGGGACCGUUACCAGAAAUAAACACGGAACGCUACUCGACCAGGAAAACAGACAAAAGGCGAAGCUUGGUUAUUUUCGGAGAUGAUCGCUCGGGUACAACUUUUCUGACACGCCUUUUUAGCGAAGACCCACAAAUAUUUUCUGUAUAUGAACCGCUCUGGAUCACACGAGACUGGACGAGAGAUGAAAAGGGCAGAAACUUGACAGCGGAUGUUAACAAUGUUAUAAGCGCAAUCAUGAGUUGUCAUUUUGCUAGCAAUCCAACCGUGCUAAAAUUCCUGGAGAAAACCGCGAAAAAGUGGGCUCCGGGAUUGUUCAAGAAUCCUUUCCAAUCUUCUCCAAUAUGUAACAAGACUGCUAAAGGACAGAUGUCUUGUCCCAACCCAUCAACAGUGCCGAAACUUGUUGAACAAACUUGUUCUGAUUAUUACAAACACAGUGUCACGAAAGUUGCCAUUGUACGCGUCCCUGACCGAAAGCUCUCCAGCAUUUUCCCCAAAAUAAUUCAUGAUAAUCCUGACACUGAAAUCAAGGUCUUGCACGUUGUUCGCGAUCCACGCGGAAGCAUCAACUCUCGCAUUAACCUCCAGUGGAUUGGCGACUACCAGAAGGAAAAUUUCUUCUUCAUACCGCGUGCAACGUGCGAGGGCAUCACGCAAAACGUGAAGUUCGGUAAAAGCCUCGAAGGUAGCUUAAAAGAACACUACAAGCUCUUGCGAUACCAAGAUAUCGCUUCAUCUCCGGUGAAAACCGCUCAGGAGAUUUACAAAUUUGCUGGGUUUGAAAUGCCGGAGAGUUUAAUUCGAUGGAUUGUUCAAGCUACAAAUCCGAGCAAGGAAGCUCUGGAAGAGGAAUCAAAAAAAGCUUUCUCUUCCGUGCGAAAUGCCACAGCAAGUGUCAAAAAAUGGAGGAAAGAAUCCCCGAUAGAACGAAUUCGCAUUAUCGAGAAAGAAUGUAGUGAACUGUUCGAUUUACUUGGAUUAGAGAGACUAACUUAG